AUGGGUGUCCAUGGAUUGAUGACCUACAUUGGAGAAAAUCAUAAUUUUUUUAAUAAUGUCAAGAUACAAAAUACAAAAAUUGUGAUCGAUGGCAAUAGCUUAUUUCAUAGACUUUACUUUGAUUCUGGUCUCGAUCUUCAGUGUGGAGGUGAAUAUGAUUUGUUUACCGACGUCAUCUGCAAAUUUUUUGAGGCCUUGUCUCUCUGUAAUAUUGCGCCAUAUGUAGUGUUUGAUGGUGGAUGCGAUUUCACCGAUAAGAAGUUCGAAACUCUCAAACAGCGGGCCAGGGAAAAAAUCCAAAAAGCACGUGUCAUCUCUAGAGGUGGUGGAGGAAUGCUGCUACCGCUGCUGAACCCUGAAGUUUUUAAACAAGUUUUACUGCAGUUGCAAAUACCUUUCGUCCAAUGUCAUUCAGAAGCAGACCGUGAUAUUGUAACUCUCGCUAAUCAGUGGACCUGCCCUGUUGUGACGUUAGACAGUGACUUCUGUAUCUUUGAUUUGAAGGCUGGUUAUUGUCCUCUCAAUUACUUUAAGUGGCAAGACAUAAUUACUCCAAACGACCAUUCUGGAUCCUACAUUUUGGCCCAAUGUUUCUCCGUUGACAAUUUCUGUAAACAUUUUAAUCUCGUUAACAAAGCCCUACUGCCUCUGUUUGCAGUGUUGAAUGGCAACGAUUACGUGAAUAUACCUCCCUUGGAGACUUUUCUCUCCCGAGUGCAUAUCAAUGCAAAGACAUCUUGUUCAGCAGGAGGGAAAAAUAUGCGGAUUCAAGGGCUUCUGAACUGGCUGUCCAAGUUUUCUGAUCCAAAGGAGGCUAUAGAAAACAUUCUUAAAUGUCUAAAACAAAAUGAACGUGAAGAGAUCCGAAAAAUUCUCUGCUCUCUUAUCGAUGAAUAUACUCAGUCAGAAGUGGAUCUUACAAAGUUCUUUCAAAAUAAAGACUUAAGAGCUCAUGUUCCCAUUGCCUUGGCCAGCAAAGCCCCAGAAUGGAUGUGCCUUGCCCUAAUGAAAGGAGAGUUAGCCCCUUUUCUUAGUGACUGCUUGAUCUUAAAGAGAGCAUUUUUGCACAAUCAGGUGGAGAAUGCUAGCAGACCCAGCAGUAAUAGAUGUUCAUUGUAUAUUCGUCAGGUCAUUUAUGGACUGUUGCUGUGUACCAGCGAGCCUUGUCCUGAUCUAACGUUGGAUUUAUCAAGUAGGGUUUCAGUACAGGCAGGCAUUGGUGAAGAAAGACUCGGCAAAAUGCCUUGUGUGGAUGAAUUUGAUAGAUACGAACAAACACUGAGAAAAUCUAGUGUCCAAGCGGUGCUGAAAACAUUCAACGCAAAUGAAAACUAUUCAUUGCAAAGACUACCUGAGAUUUCUCUGUCAGACAGAAUCAGUUUUCUACUGGACGUUCUGAGCGUGAAACCUGAUGUGCUGGCCUUGCCAGCUCACCUGCAGCUAACAGUUGCUGUGACAUGCUACUGGGUGGUUCAUGCUGAACCCAAAGUGACAUUGCACCAUCUUCAGGCUCUGCUGCUCUGCAUUGUAACUGGAGAACUGAAUAAAAUAAUACACAAACCAGGUAACAGCGGCUCUGAUGAGAAGAGCAUCAGAAUGGUGCAUGACAGACUGUCCCAAGUGAAAGAAAGGAAGCAGCAAAUGUGGAACCUGGAUAUAGAUGUGGCGCACGUGUUCUGUCAGUGGCAGAGCUGCCUUUUAAUGGGAAUCUACCUAAAUCAGCUCCUGUGCAGUGCCCUUCCUGUGCCUGAUAUUACACGCCUCUAUAGUGGGACUUCUGUGCAUCGCUUGCACCAAACACUGAAAUCUACGGUUGCUGCAGAGGAUCUAUUGAAAGGAUCUCUGAUUGCAAGUGAAGUUUAUCAUGAGCUCCUGCACACAGUGAUCAUCACAGUACCAGCAGACUUCUUCCAGACGAAACACAAGUCCAAACACCGGUCUCGAGCCAAAGGGAAUGAAAAACAAACAACUAAUUCCACUGGAUCAUCGAGCAAGGAUAAUCAGAGACAGUGUACCUGGCACGAUACAAAUAAUCGAUUUGCAGCCUUGACAACUGAGAAGUUUUGAUAAAAUCUUUGUUACUUGUAGCAUCAAAAGUUGUUGGAAUUUAAAUGCAAAAGACAUACAACUCACUUUACAGCAUUGUACAAGGAUUUCAUGAGGAUACGUCACCACAGCCCAUCUUGUUUUUAAACUUAAAUAAAAACCGAAAGAACUGUGGAUGCUGUAAAUCAGGAACAAAAACAGAAGUUGCUGGAAUAGUUCUGAGGAAAGGUCACCAGAACCGAAACAUUAACUCUGAUUUUUUUCUUCAUGGAUGCUGCCAGACCUGCUCAGCUUUUCCAACAACUUUUGUUUUUGUUUUUAAACCUCUGAACCAAACACACAACCAGCAAGAGAGUGAGAUAAACUGUGGUUCAUUUGGGUUUUAGUUUUUGCUGUCCAUCCACUGGAGAAUGUAGUCCUAUCUUGAAUUUAGGAUGUCUAAUUCAAUAGAGACCAGGAUUUAGAUCUGGCUGUGCUUAAAUUAGCAGUUGACUGGUUAAGUUUGCAAGUUGCAAUGAGUAAAGAUCCCAACUCUAGACUCUUGAGUUUAAUGAAAGAUUAACUGUCUUUCCACAUUACAGUGCUAGUUUAACAUCUAUUAUUGCAGUAUUUUCAUUUAACGCAAGAUAUAUUUUAGGACCAUAAUGUACAGUAUGUGAGAUAGGCAUCAUCCUUUAUAUGCAGAAGUCACUGAUUUAUGCUGGCAAAUCUCAGGACUAGUACCUAUCCCAAAGUAUAUUUUAUUCAAAGUGCUUUCAUUGUAUGAAUACUAGAUUGUCAUUCCAGCCAAAUUACAUUUUACUGUACAGUCAGUUAAGUCUCAGUUUUCAUUCUGAAUUGACAAAAUUAUUGAAACUGUUAUCUGAUUCUGUCUGGAAAUUGAAUAAAAUUUUGUAAAUGAUGUUUCCUAUA